UACCCUUUUAGGUUGAGUAGACCUAGAGGAAAACUUAGCUGAAAGGAACAAAGAAAGAGGGAAAAUGCCUUCUAUACAUGAGAAAUCCGAUUACCCGAGGAUAUCUGAACUUUUCCGACAUCUCAGUAUCUACUCGGGCCCAGUUUACGGUCUUCCUCUCCCCACUCGGCUACACUGAGUUCUGCUGCAUGGUCGAUGCAUGUAAGCCUUUUAUAUUUAACGUUCAUGGAAAGACGGGACUCCUAACAGCACUGAAACAAUAACACCAAGAAAGAAAAAAGAGCAGAAAAAGAAGAAAAACAGAUAAAUAUAAAAAUAACUGGAAAUUGUAAAAAGUGGUUCUUCCAUCAAAGCUAAGGAUGUCAAGUUCAGUAAGAAGAGGCGGCAUAAUGCUGUUGAGGGGGAUGAAAAGUCUGCCGCAAAGGAGCAGCGCAACACAACUAAGAACCAUAUAUUCCUUAACAAAAAGACCUACAGGCCUUUGCAAUUACCAGCUUCCUAGAGCAUUAUCUGUCUUGAGCCCUGAAAUCAAGCAGGAAGCAGAGCAAGAAGUGAAAGAUCAAUCUGAGUCAGGAGAAUUUUCUAAAUUUAGACUCUCACAGGAGACGACAGAGCGGCUGAAAGGAAAGAAAAUCAAUUACCUUUUCCCUAUCCAGAGUGAAACAUUUGAUUAUAUAUACAACGGUGAAGAUCUUAUUGCACAAGCGAGAACGGGCACAGGGAAAACGCUGUCAUUUGUACUGCCAUUAAUUGAAAAGCUUAAGUUACAGAAGCUAUCUCAUAAGAGAGGAAGAGCACCCAUGGUUUUGGUCUUGACUCCAACACGAGAACUUGCUAAGCAGGUUAGUGAUGAGUUUGAUUAUUUGAAGUCCGAUCUUGCCAUGCACUGUCUGUAUGGAGGAGUGUCUUAUGGACCACAAGCUGGGGCAAUCAGAAAUGGACUAGACAUUGUUGUGGGAACACCUGGAAGAAUCAUUGAUCACAUGGUUAAUGGUACACUGGAUCUUACACAGUUGAAACAUGUGGUUAUUGAUGAAGUUGAUAGGAUGUUGGACAUGGGAUUCGCCCAGUCUGUUGAGGACAUCCUUGAAGAAUCAUACAACCCUUCUAGGGAAGAGAAGCCUCAGACACUACUGUUUAGUGCAACAUUACCACCUUGGGUUGUCAAGACUGCUGAGAAAUACAUGAACCAUGACAGGAAAAUAGUGGACCUUAUUGGAGAGCAGGAACUGAAAGCAUCUGAAAGUGUGCAACACCUGGCCAUCAGAUGUCCAUAUGAAGCUAGAGCCUCCACACUGCGUGAUGUUGUACAGGUUUAUUGUGGUGCCCACAGCAGAACUCUUAUAUUUACUGACACAAAAAGAGAAGCAAGCAGUUUGGCCUUGAAUUCUGUCUUAAAGCAAGAUGCACAGGUUCUUCAUGGAGACAUUGCCCAGGAGCAGAGAGAGAUAACUCUUAAAAGUUUUCGUGAUGGAAAAGUUCGUUGUCUGGUAGCCACAGAUGUCGCAGCAAGAGGUUUGGAUAUCCCAGAAGUUGAUCUGGUUGUGCUGACUGAACCUCCUAAGGAUCUUGAUAUGUACAUUCAUCGGUCUGGAAGAACAGGGAGAGCGGGCCGUGAUGGAAUGAGCAUUGUAUUUUACAAGUCAGGAGAGGAACAAUUAUUACGUGCAGUGGAAAGAAGAACUGGAAUUAAAUUCAAACACAUUUCACCUCCAUCAAUAAAUGAAAUUGUUGAAGCUUCAGCAAUGGAUGCCCAGAAGUAUAUACAGACGGUUUCACCUGAAGUUCUUGAGAAGUUCCGUGGUGCUGCUCAAGCACUGGUGGAUAAACUUGGUGCAGUGGAUGCUGUGGCAGCUUCACUUGCUCACAUUUCUGGAACCAAAGAGAUCAAGUCACGAUCUCUCUUGACUGGGCGAGAUGAUCACACCACCUACCUACUGAAGGCUCCUGUGGAGAUCCGUGGAACAGGUUACAUGUGGCGUGCAAUGGAAAAGACCCCAGAAGUGAAAGACAACGUGGCAGUUAUGAGGAUGUGUAAAGACAGACAGAGUGUUGUAUUUGAUGUACCAAAUCAACAUCAAGAAAAAUUAGAGGAAUAUUGGUUGGAAGGCAGAGGAGGAGUAAUACUUACAAAAAUAACUGAACUUCCAGAGCUGCUUGAAAGACCUCAGCGUGACCCAAUGGGUGGUGACAGAAAACCAGGCUAUAGAGACAGAUAUGAUCGAGAGGGAUUUGUGAACCAGAGAACUGGUCAAAGGGAUCAAUCUCGGAGUGGUUAUGGUGGAAAGGCGUCAUUUGAAAGAGGUUUCAUUCCAGAUCGUUACCGUGGAAAGGACUCUUACCGCAAAGGUUUCAAUUUUGAUUGAUAGGUGCAAAAAGGAAAUUGGACUGUCAUCCUGUGACAAGAACGAAGAAUUUAAUGAGGAAGUUAGAUAAGUAACCAAAAAGAUUCAGAUUCUCAAAAGAAGAUAUUAAUAACUACUUACUGAGUGACGUCUUUGGGGAAAAUUCUCAAACCGAGGCCUAGCUUUAUUGACUGAGCGAUAGCAAGGUCAAUACUGCAAGGCCAAAGUUUGCAAUUUUCCCGCAAAGACCAAACGUUCAAGGUAAAUAAGUUGUCUAUUAUAUGGCUUUUUGCUUUGUUUUUGCAGGUGCGUAAUCAGCCCAUGCGCAUUACAGGAGAAUAAUGCAAUGCCCUAGAAUUAGUUAGGCAGAGCACAUGUUACAUCGGCUGCAAACACAAGCCAUAUAAUAAUAGUUAUGAUUUCGUAUUAACAAGUAUAAUUAUUAUGCUUUCAUAAUCACCCAUAAUUUGUCCUACCGAUCAUCUCAAAAUGUCAUGUGCAUAUGUCACAAUACAAUAUUUCAUUUCUUAUCUCUGUAUGUAAGAGAUUUAAUUGUCAAUUAACCCUGAACCCCCUCAAAAAAGAAUUAGUAAAUUUUGUCCGCCUUGACUUUUCACUUUGGAAAAUUUUAGAAAUAAACAGCACUACAGUAAGUUACUGCUGGUGAAACAUUUUAUGACAUUUCAGUGGUCACCCUAGGAUACGAGGAUUUCUUCACCGUUGUUUUGACGUAAGAAGAAAAGAGGUCAAUAUUGUUUGUUAUGAUCAGUUUAUUUACUGUAUUUUUUAUUUUAUAAUGCUGGGUUUCUCAUUCAUGGUUUAUCAUUUAUAGUUAUGAACUGCUCACUAACGACAUACACAGUAUCUUAUGCUUCUUUUGUUUCACAUAAUUUAUUAGUUGCUGUAAGUAAAUGUUUAACUGAAGCAGGAACACACAUGUAAGCUUCAGGGUCUUUGACUUGCCUGCUUUUUAAAGUUUUAAUGGAUCACGCUUGUUAAUGGUACAAAUUUAUGGUAAAAUAUGUUUAUAGUUGAAGAGAUUCAGGCUAUAAUAAUGGUGAAAUGCAUUUUUGUUGUUAUGUGAAAAGUCAUGCUUUUGGUUCAGUUUUUUGCACAUCUCUCUCUCGGUUUUCCAACUGCUCAGCUAAUCAAGGAGUUUAGAAAGGCAAAGAGUAGUUUAUCAAUGAGUCUACCAUAUUUUGGUUUGAGAUUACUGGCUGGUAAUGAAACCAAUGGAAAGAUGUUCAAAACAAAUAAUUAACAGCUUCAUUUUUGCAAUGUUAACUUGCAUAACUGACUUGAGAUCUACAAAAUGUUUCACUGCUAUUUUGGUGUUAAAGUAUCCAAUUCAGUCAUGUAAGUUAACAUCUUCUAAGUGACAUCUUCUAAGUCAGAACGGCUUAACCAUAACCAUGUUAAAACCAGUAAACAUAUCAACUGAAAACAAUGCUACGAACAUCUUAUCAAACUCAAUACAAAUUAUUUAAUUCUACUUCUUAGGAUGUUUUCAUUAAGUCCAUAUUUUUUACUGCUGGUUUUCACUAGGAGCGCAUAGUACAGUAAGAAAGACACAAUAAGAUGUUAAUAAUCUGCAACUUUUUUUUUUCGAAAAUUUCCUAAGCAAAACAUGCGACUUUACCAUACUUCAGCUUUGAGUGCUGCUUUACUUACGCUUAGGCUAAUGCACUAGUGAAACCAGCCACAACACCUCUUGCCAGGGCUGUCAUUAAGUUUUCAAUCACCUGUAGCCUUGAUCUUCACACCCAUAACAAACUUGUCACUUUAUGGGUGAAUUGUACCAGCUACAGGCAAGUUCUUCCAUACCAUCAAGGGUCCAUCAAGCAUGCACAGCCAUAACAGGUGCUAUAGGUUACAGCCCUUAUUGACAGCCCUGUCUUGCUGGCAAAUAGAUUGCUAGAAUAACCUUAGCAUAAAAGUCGACACACACUGUGACACAAGUGUCUACUUCCUUAACAGUGUACUUUGAGCAUUUUAUGGAGCCAGGUUCACAAAAGUUUUAAUUAAAAACCUAAAUAAAUUAUGAUA